CGAAUAAACAUACACUGUGAUCUUUUCUUACAUUCAACCAAAUGAUUACCAUGAAAAUUAUUACCUGGAAUUGUAAAUCGGAGAUUGGAAACAAUGAUGUCUCAUUCAGCAGGUACACAAAUCCCAGCUGGAGACACCAAAGUUAACAAAUCGGUCACCUUCCUAAUCUACCAUCCCUUCUCCCUAAUCAUCUUCCUCGUCAUCAUCAUCGCUUGGGUCUUCCUCUACUUGGCUCGCGAGGAGCCACUCCUGGUCUGCGGCUACAUCAUCACUGACCGUGUGGUUGUAGCAGCGCUUUUCGCGGUGACAGUGUUUGGGCUGGUGCUGACCGGCGUGUGGGUCAACGUUCUGGUUGCAUCUGUGAUUAGGGUUGGUUUGGUGGUUUUGCACAAGGCGUUGAGGAGCACCGAUGACCUGGUGAUGGAUGAUUUGGACUCGUCGUACGGGCACGUCCUCGGCGACGACCUUGAUAGUCCCAGAGGGGAUACCAGUGGUAUUUGAUUUUUAAUUUUUCUUAAACUGAGGUUUAGCCGUUUUGGUCUGAAAAUAAAAUAUCUCAAGCCCCAAUUCUUGAUUUUCUCCCCAGAUUCCAGACUUCUUAAAUUAGGGUGUUUGAUAUAUAUAUACUUUGAUUUCUGCUUGCUACUAGCUGCUAGAUGCUGGCUCUUUCUCUGUUCAAUUUUAGCGGCACUAGUACAUGGCAUGGUAUUAAACAAGGAACGAAUAAAUAUUUCAUUAUUGC